AUGCGAAGCUGGCAGAGCACCGAGUACUCUCCACGCUGCCUUAUCCCCGUGUCACACGACCUGGCAGUGCCCUCAGUGCAGAUCCCGCUAACCCCGCACAUCGCGCACCGCACGUGGGCCCCUCUCCCGGCGUGCCGCGCGCCGCGCGUGAUCCCGCCCCCUGCCCCGGGUCUGGGCGGGGCCGCCGCGGCGAGAGCAGGACGAGCUGGCCUCGCUGGUGUGCGGGCCACCGGCGCAGACGGACAAGACCCGGCUCUGCGGCGGGCCGCUGCGGGAGCGGCCGCCGAGGACACCACGCGCGCGCAGGCAGCCGCCCGACCCCGACCCCGGGAGCGCGCGCGCGAGGGCGGCAGGUCUCCGGGUACAAGCGCUGGCUCUGCCCUAAGCUGCAGUGAGAGCUCAGGCGAGCCGCUGCUUCUUGCGGGACCCCAGUCCUCUGGAAGAAGCUACUGCUCCCGGCUGUGCGGGCCGUCGACAGUGCGAGGCCUGAGCUCCCCAGCCUGCAGGAUGUGGGGCACCCUGGGGUUGCUGCUGGCCAUCACGCUGCACCCAGCACUCGCCCUGGCGCCCCCCGCUCGGGACUACUGUGUGCUGGGCGCGGGGCCCGCGGGCCUGCAGAUGGCUUACUUCCUGCACCGGGCAGGGAGGGACUACACGGUGUUGGAGCGCGCCCCGGGCCCGGGUAGCUUCUUCACACGCUACCCGCGGCACCGCAAGCUCAUCAGCAUCAACAAGCGGUACACGGGCAAGGCCAACGCUGAGUUCAACCUCCGCCACGACUGGAACUCCCUGCUCAGCCACGACCCCCGGCUGCUCUUCCGGCACUACUCCACCGCCUACUUUCCUGACGCCGACGACAUGUUGCGCUACCUGGGCGACUUCGCCAGCCACCUGAGGCUCCACGUGCAGUACAACACCACUAUUGUGCACGUCACCUUGGAUAAGGACCCACGCGCCUGGAAUGGCCACUACUUCGUCCUGACCGACCACAAGCACCAGACAUACCGGUGCAGAGUCCUAUUCGUGGCCACCGGCUUGUCGGUCCCCAACCAGGUGGACUUCCCUGGCUCAGAACACCUGGAGGGCUACGAGUCAGUUUCGGUGGACCCCGAGGACUUUGCCGGGCAGAACGUGCUGAUCCUGGGCCGUGGGAAUGCGGCCUUCGAGACAGCCGAGAACAUCCUGGGGGUCACGAACUUCAUCCACAUGCUCAGCCGCUCCCGCGUGCGCCUCUCCUGGGCCACCCACUACGUCGGGGACCUCAGAGCCAUCAACAACGGCCUGCUGGACACCUACCAGCUCAAGUCCCUGGACGGGCUGCUGGAGUCGGACCUCACGGACCUGGCCAUCCUGAAGGACCACAAGGGCAAGUUUCACGUGACCCUGAGGUUCUUUGUGGAGGAAGCCGAUGCCAACGAGACUGCCGACUCCAUCACCCUCCCCCAGGAUGACAACGACAACUUCGCCAUGCGCGUUGCCUACGACCGAGUCAUCCGAUGCUUGGGCUGGAACUUUGACUUCUCCAUUUUCAAUAAGUCCCUGAGACUGUCCUCGGGGGGUGAGUUCAGCAAGAAGUACCCCCUGAUCAGAGCCAGCUACGAGGCCAAAGGCAGCCGCGGGCUCUUCGUCCUAGGCACCGCCAGCCACUCUGUAGAUUACCGGAAGUCAGCCGGGGGCUUCAUCCAUGGGUUCCGGUACACAGCACGUGCUGUGCACCGACUCCUGGAGCAGCGCCACCACGGCGUGGCCUGGCCCGCCACCCGACUCCCCAUCACACAGCUGACCAGCUCCCUGCUCCGGCGCAUGAACGAGGCAUCCGGCCUGUACCAGAUGUUUGGGGUGCUGGCCGACGUCAUCUUGCUGACAGAGAAUGCCACAGCCUUUGAAUACCUGGAGGAGAUACCUGUGCAGAUGUUGGCGCAGCUGGAGAGCCUGACGGGCAGGCAGGCGAGGCAUGGGCUGUUCGUCGUCACCAUGGAGUAUGGCAGGAACUUCUCUGGCCCCGAGAAGGACGUCUUCUUCUAUGACCGCUCCGUGGGUCACACGGAGGACGCCUGGCAGUCCAACUUCCUCCACCCCGUGGUCUACUACUACAGACAUCUUCCCACUGAGCAAGAGGUGAGGUUCCGCCCUGCGCAGUGGCCCCUGCCGCGACCCACAGCCAUCCACCACGUCGUGGAGGACUUCCUGACUGACUGGACAGCCCCCAUUGGCCAUGUCCUGCCCUUGAGGCGCUUCCUGGAGAACUGUUUGGACACGGAUCUCCGAAGUUUCUAUGCAGAGUCAUGUUUCCUGUUUGCCCUCACGCGCCAGAAGUUGCCGCCCUUUUGCCAGCAGGGGUACAUGAGAAAGCAGGGGCUCAUGGUCACCGAGAGCCUCCGGCGGCACGGAGUGGAGAGCGGGCUGCUGCGGGACUAUGCCACUGCCAGCCAGCACCUGAAGGACCAUGGUCAGCAGCCUGCCAACCCCGGGCCAGUAGGUCAUUCCUUGACUGCAGGGACGCUGGUCCAAUCCCUUCACAGCAACAAGGAGGAGCUCUGACUGUCCCUUCCCUGGCCUUGGGCUCUGCAGCCAGGCCCACAGCCAACCCUUUUUCCCCCACAGCUCCCUGCACCACCCACCGAGGUGUGAUGGCUGAAGACCACACACCGCCUGCUGCACCUGCACCCAGCAGCCUACAGGGCACGUAAGGGCUGGGACAAGGCCAUGCAGCGGGCUCCCCUGCCUUCCCCAGCCCUGGGGAUUAUGGGAGGAAAGCACCUGUGCUAGGUGUGGGCUGCCUGCUUUCCACAGCCUGCACACCACCUGCUGAACUGGUGCCAUGCAGCAGGCUGGCCUUCCUCCGUCCUGUGCCCUCCCAGGGCCUGCCCGCUCCUCCCCUUCUCUCCAGAUGGCCUUGAUUCCGCUUGCAGCCUUUCACAGGUGGACACGCUCUUCAUCACAAGGAUCGCUGGCAGGCCCUUGGAAAGCAAAGCUUCACCCAAGAUGGUCGUGGUGGGCAGCUGGUCCUCCCUCUGCUGGACUUGACAGGGCCUGGACUAAGCUGUGGUGCCCAGGGGGCUGUGCAGCUGAUCGUGGGGCCCAUGGCUGUCACACAGUCCUGACUGUGGUCUCCUCUCAGCAGCUUUCUCCCUGAGCAGUGGAGCUCGGAGCUGCCAUGUCCCCAGGAUCACACCUACCCACCCCACACCACCUUGUCUGCGGCGUCUUGGGUUCCCUGCACUUCCCCUGCAACCUGCCAUCCCUGGCCAGGCCUUGCGUCCCACCUGCUCCGCCCAGCACUCUGAACAGCUUUCCUGCUGCUUUUCCUUGGUGUGCGCUGGCCUCAGUGUGCACUAUCCGGGGGCAAGGAGACACGGGGGACCACAUGGACAGCAACGGUGAACCUGACCCCAGGCCCUUGGCUCCCAGCAUGUCUGUGUCUCCUCUGAGGAGGCCAGGGGGGAGCACUUCUAUACACAAGAUGGUCAGAGCCACUGAUUUCCCGGGGCUCUGGGUGAAAGGUGACUGCUACCCUCCGGCCCUUUUAUCUGCUGGGAAUUCUCCGCACACAGGCAGGCUUCCUGGGCCCCACACUCUACUGGGAGCACCCCUGCUCUCCUUCCCUACAGCUGUGGGGAAUGGAAACCUUGCAGCUCCCCCCCCCAGCCAUGCCGUGUGGGGUGGGAGUCUUCAGUGUCACAUUCUGGCCUGGUCUAAUGUGCCCAAGGCUGCACUUCUACAGUUAAAUGUUCCGCCCUGAUCCCCGACUACUAAACUGCCCGCCGUGAGCAGAUUAGAGGCCAAUUAGAGGCCAAACCGCAUGCUGCUGCCCCAACCUACCUUUACCAAAGGUAAAGCAUCGCUUAAUACAGUUCUUAGUUAGGACUGCACCCACAACUUAAGCCCUCCCACACACCUGUUACUGUCAGAGUUUGAGGUGCUGCCACUAGAGCAGGUGGCCUCCGCCUGCCCCGCAGAGCCCUCACAAGCCCGGAGCAGAUGCAAGGUGUGUUCCCAACCUCUCUGGGCUGAGACAAGAGGCCAGCCCUGCUCUCCUUCACCUGACUUAGCUGGUUUCAGAGAACUCCCUUUUCCCAUGAAGAUCAUUGCUGCCUUAGCCAAGUGCCCUCCAGGUGGUCCUUCCCAUGUUUUCCUACCAGUGCCCCUGGCUUGGAGCUGCCAGCAACCUCCACGUACUGUUCCACCUGGAGCAGUUUCCCCUGAAACUGCCUCAGGGCCAGCCUCCCUGUGCCCAGGCCAUACUGUCUGUGAACAAUGAGUCACGCUGACCUCUGCACCACAGCUGGACCAGUUCCUCUCCCAGCCAUAGCCAGAUUUCAGGAAUUCCUGCUCCUGUCAGCUUCACACAGUGAUGGUGUGAGGGAGACUUGAGUGAACCAGGCGAGUAUUAAAAUGAAAUCGCAUACGAUGGGAAAGAAGCAACCGGGGAAAAGAGAACUAGCUGUGUGCUUUGGACAACAGCCUUAGUUGCAGGGGGUCACCUGAAGCCGCGUGACACUGAGGCCGAGGAGGAGGACUUGCUAAGCUUCAACAAGGUUCCCGGGCAGCAGGAUCAGCCUUUGCAGGCGCACCCAGCUGCCCCCACAUGGGACUGGUAGGACGAGUUCAAUGAAAAAGAUUCAUUUUUAAGCUGCAUGGAUGGAAGUAAUUG